CUGCGCUUUGUCACUCACGUCCCGCUCUCUCUAAGUCUCUAUUCUGUCAUUUUUUGUCACUUUUCCCCAAUUUACCACUCGGUAAACGAGAGAAGGAGGAGGAUUUAACAGGAAAAAAAAAUAAAAAAAUCGUAGUGCAAUGGACAUUCGCAGGCGGCCACCAAGGCCUCCGCCACAGCGAAAGACCGAUCACAACGCACAAAGCGGAAGAUCGUCGUCGUUAGGAGCCGUGGAUGAUCGGUCUCCUUCGCCAACGCCGAGAGCAUCGGACGCGCUGCCUCUGCCGUUGUACCUGACGAACGCGGUGUUCUUCACGCUCUUCUUCUCGGUGGCAUACUACCUGCUCCACCGGUGGCGCGACAAGAUCCGAAACUCGACGCCGCUCCACGUGGUCACGCUCUCCGAGAUCGCCGCCAUUGUCUCCCUCAUAGCUUCCUUCAUCUAUCUCCUCGGCUUCUUCGGCAUCGACUUCGUCCAGUCAUUCAUCUCACGCGCUUCCCAUGAAGCGUGGGACCUCGACGACCCCCACCACCAGAACUUUCUCGUCGACGACCGUACCCCUCGCAUUGCUCCUUCAUCAUCCAAAUCGCCCGAUCCUGAGCCUGUAAUUCAAUCUCUGUCUUCCGAAGAGGAUGAUGAGAUUAUUAAAUCGGUCGUCGACUGUACAACUCCGUCGUACUUGCUGGAAUCGAGGCUCGGGGACUGCAAGCGAGCGGCUUCAAUUCGGAGAGAAGCGCUGCAGAGAACGACGGGGAGGUCGCUGCAGGGUUUGCCUCUGGAAGGGUUCGAUUACGAGUCAAUUCUGGGGCAGUGCUGCGAAAUGCCAGUGGGGUACGUGCAGAUUCCGGUGGGGAUCGCCGGGCCGUUGCUGCUCGACGGGUUCGAGUACUGGGUGCCCAUGGCCACCACGGAGGGGUGCCUCGUUGCUAGCACCAACCGAGGGUGCAAGGCCAUUCACGCCUCUGGUGGAGCAGACAGCACGUUGUUGAGGGACGCGAUGACGAGAGCCCCGGUGGUCCGGUUUGGCUCGGCCAAGAGGGCUUCGGAUUUGAAGUUCUUCUUGGAGGAUCCACUCAAUUUCGACACUCUGUCCGUGGUUUUCAACAGGUCAAGUAGAUUUGCGAGGCUGCAAGGCAUUCAUUGUGGUAUGGCUGGGAAGAAUCUCUAUAUCAGAUUUAGCUGCAGCACUGGGGAUGCGAUGGGGAUGAACAUGGUGUCGAAAGGGGUUCAGAACGUCCUGGAUUUCCUUCAAAGUGAUUUCCCUGACAUGGAUGUUAUUGGCAUCUCUGGUAAUUUUUGUUCGGACAAGAAACCUGCCGCCAUAAAUUGGAUUGAAGGACGUGGGAAAUCUGUUGUUUGUGAGGCGAUAAUCAAGGAAGAGGUGGUGAAGAAAGUUUUGAAGACCAACGUAGCUGCCCUGGUAGAGCUCAACGUGCUCAAAAACCUCGCUGGAUCUGCAGUUGCUGGUGCUCUUGGUGGAUAUAAUGCCCAUGCCAGCAACAUUGUUUCUGCAGUCUUCAUUGCCACUGGCCAAGAUCCAGCACAAAAUGUGGAGAGUUCUAAUUGCAUCACCAUGAUGGAAGCCGUCAAUGAUGGGAAGGAUCUUCACGUCUCUGUGACCAUGCCUUCUAUUGAGGUGGGUACUGUUGGAGGCGGGACUCAACUUGCCUCUCAGUCCGCUUGCUUGAAUUUACUCGGUGUCAAGGGUGCGAACAAAGAGUCACCAGGAUCAAACUCAAGGCUUUUGGCCACCAUUGUAGCUGGUGCAGUUUUGGCAGGGGAGCUCUCCCUGUUGUCUGCCAUUGCAGCUGGGCAGCUUGUCAAGAGUCACAUGAAAUACAACAGAUCCAGCAAAGAUGUGACCAAAGUCGCGCAUCUUGAAGAAAAAUGAGGCCCCUACAAUGAAAAUAAAUUGCAAAUGAGGCCAAGAGAGAGAAUCAGAUAGAGGAAAGCAAAUUAAGGCAGUUGGUGCCCAUGUGAGAUUGCUUUGCUUUCAUUGCUGUAAAGUUGGUCAUUGUGGGAAGUGGGGGAGAAAAUGAAACGUGGCUAGUUGUAUCGGUCUCUCUCCCGCUUCCAUCUCUCUCUCUCUCUCUCUCUCUCUCUCUGUGCGAGUAUGAUUGCAUCCCAGGCGAUCCAUGAGAGAUUGAAGCCUCCCCUACCGUAGUAUCUAUCUAGCCUGUGGUGUCAAUUGUCGUUUUAGUAUCUGUCCUGUCUUCUUUGUUGUUAUUUGGUUUUAUAUGUUUGUAGUUGGGGACCAGAAUACUUCUUUAAGGGUCUGGUGGUUUGUGCUUUUCCUUU